CAGAUAAGGUCGUAGCUACGUGGUAGCUGGAGGAAUUUCGUGUGCAAUUGUUGUAUAUUAAUCAUUCCAUUUCGUAUUGUUAAAGCGGAUAGUUUUCAAACUCUGAGUACAUCAGAAUAAGAAUGCCUGCCACAGAGCUUAAGCGUGAUGAAAUUCUAUUACUGUUCGAUGUGGAUGGCACACUUACCUUUCCACGGUCCGUUGUGGAGCCUGAGUUUGAAGAGUUCUUUUAUUCAAAGGUAAAGCCGCGUGCAACUGUGGGAAUAGUCGGUGGAUCGGACCUGGAGAAGAUGUUCGAGCAGCUUAAUGGGAAGCGGAUUUUAAACGAAUUCGAUUUCAUAUUUCCUGAAAACGGGCUGGUACAAAUCGAAAAAGGCAAAGAGGUGGGAAAACAGAAUAUUAUAAAGCACUUGGGUGAACCAACUUUGCAGCGCUUCAUAAACUUUGUGUUGCGUUAUCUUUCCGAGCUGGAUGUUCCAAUUAAACGCGGCACAUUUAUAGAGUUUCGCAAUGGGAUGAUGAACGUAUGCCCCAUUGGUCGGCAAUGUACGCGAGAGGAGCGGAACAUGUUUGCGGCUUACGACAUCGAACAUAAAGUGCGAGAGAAAAUGAUCGCGAAGCUGAAGGAAGAAUUCGCAAACAUUGAUCUUCAGUAUAGUAUUGGAGGUCAAAUAAGCUUCGAUGUUUUUCCGCAUGGAUGGGACAAGACAUAUUCCCUACGACAUAUUGAGGCCAAUUACAAGUUCAGGGAGAUUCACUUUUUUGGUGAUAAGACUGAGCCGGGCGGUAAUGACUAUGAGAUUUAUACUGAUCGUCGUACUAUUGGCCAUAAAGUGUCAACUCCAAACGAUACUAAGCGCAUACUAACCGAGUUAUUAGGUCUGUAAGUACUGCUCCGGGCAAACAAGUUGUUGAAACUAUAAAACUUUCCACAUUACAAGUAUAUAGUAUAUCCUAAAAGCGAAAACGUUUAUAUAAAUAUUUUUUUUCAAAAGACUA